CAUGUCUUUGUCUGUUCAGCUGUUGGAUCCUCUGGGAAGAAUAAACUUGGUUUGAGCUUUCAUAGUGUCUGAGUAUUUACUCUGAUCAUUAGAACCUAACAAUGACAAUACAAUGCCUUAUGGAGACACAUCCUGGUCAGUGAGUUGGCGGUACAAUAUUUUAUUCUAACCACCUUUGUCUUUCUUCCUUUUUGUCCCUACAGGGAUGCCAUACGCCAUGUUAAGAUAAAGACGACUGUGUUUAACAUGCUUAAGCGGUUGGACAAAAUCCGGUUCCGGGGCCAGCGGACAGAUGUGUUUCUGGAUCUGGGCGACUCGCCCAACACAUCUGACACUGAAUGUAGCGAAGAGAUUCUGAUGAAGCCUCGGCCCUCACUUGAAAUGAAAGACACUGAAGAACUGCAAAACCCUGCUGGUCCAGGGACACUUACGAUGCCUGCUGCAGCCAUCCAGGACUACCAGAGGGCUGAGACAGAUCGACUCAACGACUUGAAAGGCCACCUGGAAAUUGCCUUACUGGAAAAGCACUUCCUACAGGAAGAGUUGAGGAAACUUCGGGAAGAAACCAACAUAGACACUCUGAAACAGGAUUUGGAGAAGGAGAGAUCGAAGAGGCUGGACUUGGAACAGAAACUGAACUUGGAUGUUCUCAAAAUGGGACCGGAAGAUUCCCCAUCACAGCGACCCAGAGAAACGCCUCCAACUGCCAACGGUACAGACAAGCAGAAGGAGACCAUGUACUCAUGGCUGCAGGCGUGGCUGUACAACCGGUUCGGAGCGUACAUCGGGGACUUCCGUUUCCAGCCGGAGGAGAACACAUUGGAGCCAGAGGAGCCGCUAAGCGCUAAGAGAUUGACUGAAAACAUGAGAAGACUCAAGCGAGGUGCCAAACCUGUCAUAAACUUUAAGAGGAACCUUUUUGCCUUAUCCAGCUGGCAAUCAGUGUAUACGUCAGCCUUCGCCUUCAUUAUCUAUAUGAAUGCAGCGUGGCACGGUUGGGCCAUCCCCAUGUUUAUCUUCCUAGCCAUUCUAAGGUUGUCCUUGAAUUACCUCAUUUCCAGAGGUUGGAGGAUCCAGUGGAGUAUUGUGCCUGGUGUCUCUGAACCUGUGGAACCACCAAAAGAGGAUCUGACUGUUUCAGAGAAGUUCCAGUUAGUUCUUGAUGUAGCUCAAAAAGCACAGAAUCUUUUUGGAAAGAUGGCAGAUGUCUUGGAGAAAAUAAAGAACCUGUUCAUGUGGGUGCAUCCUGAGAUUACUCGGAAGCUUUACGUUGGUCUAUGGGUGGCCUUGAUCUGCUCCUGUCUCAUCCCCUACAAACUCAUGGGCUUUAUGAUCGGGCUGUAUGCAGGGAUCAAGUUCUUCCUAAUCGACUUCAUGUUUAGGAGCUGUCCCAAGCUAAGGGACAAGUAUGACACGCCCCACAUCAUCUGGACCAGCCUGCCCACUGACCCCCAGCUGAAGGAGCGUGGGGGCGCAACAUUGUCCAGACGGCUCUCUGGGUGUGAAAAGAUCCAUCCGACGGUAGCUCACGGCAGUCUAGGAACAGCCUUACCAUGUGGUAUCAGUCUAGAGGAACAGACUGGCAGAGCCUACAAUACUAAGAAGGGGGCUUUCCACGAGGUCUUCAAUCUUUCUGGGGAUGAGCGCCCCCUAGCAGUGUGUGAGAAUGGCUGGCGAUGCUGCUUGAUCAACAGGGACAGGAAGAGUCCCACAGACUACAUCCGUAAUGGUGUGCUCUUUGUCACUGAAAAUUACCUUUGCUUUGAAAGCUCAAGCUGCAGGUCAAAUUCCUCUAAAAAGAAUAAAGUCAUCAAACUGAUUGACAUCACUGAUAUUCAGAAGUACAAAGUCUUGUCUGUAUUACCUGGGUCUGGAAUGGGAAUCUCCAUAGCAACACCGUCCACUCAGAAGCCGUUGGUGUUUGGUGCCAUGAUCCACAGGGACGAGGCCUUUGAAGCCAUCUUCACACAGUACACGAAGAAAGUGACCAUGACCACAGCCACCAACCCUGAGACCUAACAUACAAAAAUGGCUGCCUUCACCAGGGAUGUCCUAUACUGACGCAGCGAGUUCUCUAUGUAGUACACUGCUUCUGGCCAAUUAGUAUAUCUGCAAGUAUGUUAUGCUAGUGUCCAUGCCAAGGUGGUGGAUUCCUCCACCAAGCCACAUUAGGUUAGUAUGUGAGGAUGGUAUCCACUUGAUCUGAGGCCUGGUCCAUCACUAUAAAGCCCAAGAUCUUUGUAUCCUCUCGCUGAUAACCACAACUUCUCAUUAGGUCUAAGGGACUACAACUGGACCCGCACACCAUCACUGCCUCCUACUGGUUCGGUCGAGGCUAUUACAUUCAGGAGGAGGCUGGAUCUCUUUGCCUAUCUGACAGGACUGCCUGGCACUCCCAUUUUGUGUAUCACACACAUUGAUGCUAUUUGCUCCAAUUGUUGCUCUCCUUCAAUAGGAUGCAUUUGGUUUGAUAUAGAUAUCAUUGGUGGCCUUGCACAGGUCUUAACUCACAUUUUGUAAAGUGCACCAGAAACCACGUUGAUGAAUACCUUGAGCCUUCAUGUUUCUCAGUUAAUGAAAGUGCUUUAGAUAUCAUUUCUGCAAUAGCCUGUAAGUGUUUUAUUUAGCCUUUUUUUCUGAGAGAGGAGGAACGGAACGGGAGUCAUUUAAUGAUGAGCAGCCAAAAGCCUGAAGUUAUUGUAUUUGAUAUCUUUCUCGCACACAUUUUUGUCUCGGCAAAGAAAAGGUAUGGAUUUACAUGUCCAGAUUAAGGAGCUAUGAUGCAUUCAUAAGCACCGCAUAAACAUGACCUAAUGUCAACAUAGUCUUUCUGAAGCCUCAGAGUAUAUUUCUUAUGUAGAACAAUAUGUGACUUGUAAUAUGUGACAUCCUACAUAACUAAUUGGUUCAGUAAAAAACGAUAGCUUAUGUUUAUGAAUGUACUGUAAGUACUUUAUGGGACAGAUUACAGGUAAAUCUAUCUCCAAAAAAGCAGGAGCCUUUUCUACACUUCCUUGUUCCACCACAAUGCCUUACCUAAUUCUCUCACAGAUUUAGGCCAGGAUUCAAACCAAUGCAGCACUGCACUUUCUACUGAUUCUGACGUGUAACUUCAGGUAAAUUGCCAUUGGAUCACGCAUCACGAAACCACAUGUUCUUAAAAGUCGAGUGCAGUGCAAUGCCGGUUAUUUGUGUUAGUUUGAAUCCUGGACAAAAAUGUUGGCAAUAAAGUUUUCUUUUUGGUUUUGACAGCAAACAGGGUUUAUAUUAAAAUGCUAGUAACCUUGUCAAGAGGUUCGGACCUCUUGGUGUAAUGGUUAAGGUGUUGGCUUGAAGGUCGCUGGACCCGGCUUUGAGUGCCGGUCGGGGCUACCCCCUGAAUUUGCUACAUUGGUGUCAGAAGUGCGAUGCUGUCUGUGAGGCCAUCGGAGAGGCGUGUACACCUGAGGGACUUGGUAUAGAGAAAGUAUGGGGGGGGCCCUCUCCCGAAGGAAGGGGGUAAUGUAGCGUCCUUAACCCAACACCUUGCGACCUCGUCAAGAUGUUCAGAGCUCUUGGCGUAACGGUUAAGGUGUUGGCUACAAUAUGUUCUAGUUGAGCACAUGCUAGGGAGGCUAACUGGACAUUUGCUUGAUGCCUUUUAGUCUACACCAAGUAAUUUAGGUAUCUCACUCGCCAAGUCCCUCAAAAAAGUUAGAUAUACUUAAAAAGCACAAUGUACUGUCUGUGUGCCAAAAUGUUCACUUUAUUUCACUGCUUAUCAUUUAGUUAUUUCACCCUAUAUCUGUAAUGUUUACAGAUGUUAGGUUCUGAACUCCACUGCUUUAAGUCAGUUUGAUUCCUUGUAAGACUAUGAGGUCAUGAAGACUGACUGGGUACGUCUUGUGAUGGAGAACUUCUGAAUGCUGAUAAACCUGAGUAGUCACAUCUCAGCCAAUCAAAGUCUUCCCCUGGGUUUAGCCACACUCUUUGCCAGUGGAUGGUGAAUUGAAAGGUGUCAAUUCGUGGAGUCAUGUUGCUUCCAAAUCUGUUUGAAUCACCACUCGCUAAACAAUGUCAAUAUAUGGCAUGGUCGUCAACUUGAAGAUGGAAAAUCCUCAUUAUAGUACCGUGUGUGUCCCAAACUAUCGAAUGUGUUGUAAAAAAAAAAAAAAGUCUUGCUAAUCAAUCAUGCCCUUGUUGAUCGAUCAUCCUUUUCGUCACUUGCUAAUUCCCAGUAUGAUGGUAAUGGCUUCACCAAGUCCUCUGGUAGGUUUUUGUGUAGUUUCUGCCACACUGUUAUGCUCACCUACCAUGUCAUUUCACAAUAGUUAAGGAGGAUCAACACGGGAUACAUUUUCAGAGGAGGAUGGAUAUUGUCUAUGGUUCUGUGUCAGAGGGGCAGAGAUUGUUUCAACCACUGAGGCUUGCCAACUGAAAACUGCAGUAGUAAUCAUGUGGCCUCUGUGUUAAACAAGUACUGGGCCUUCAGAAAGUAUUCAUACCCCUUGACUUAUUCCACAUUUUGUUAUGUUGCAGCCUGAAUUAAAAAAAAUAUAUAUAAUAAUAAUUUCUCUCACCCAUCUGCACACAAUAUAAAUGACAAAGUGAAAACAUGUUUUUAGAAAAUGUUGCAAAUGUAUUGAAAUGAAAUGCAGACCUUGUUUGUUUUUUAAAAAGUUGUUUGUUUACCUAUCUACCAAUAAGUGCCCUUUGAGAGUCCCAGGUCUGAUGUCGAAUCUUUAUGAAAUUCACUGCUCAAAUUAGGGACCUUAGGCUUGCCCUAACAAAGGGGUUGAAUACGUAUUGACCCAAGACAUUUCAGAUUUUCAUUUUUUAUUAAUUAGUAAAAAUGUCUAAAAUGUUGACAUUAUGGAGUGUUGUGUGUAGGCCAGUGACAAAGACAUCUAAAUUUGAUCCUUUUUAAAUUCAGGCUGUAACACAACAAAAUGUGGAAAAAGUCUAGGGGUGUGAAUACUUUUUGAAGACAUAUUGUAUUUAUUUGAAAUCAAAGUACUUGUUUGCUAAUUCAUUUUUCAUAAUACCUUCCCAAUCAACAUGUAACUGUUUAGGAAUGAUAACCAGUUACAGUAGGUGUGAAUACUUCUUUGUAAUCUGCAGUGUCCACUGCCCUCCCCAAAAAUUGUACAUAUGAAAUUAUGUAAUGAACACAUUUUAAAUCCCUGUAAAGUUUUUAAAGAAAAUUGUUUAUUGUAAAAUGUUAUGUACAUUUUCACUUAAGUAAACACAUUUUAAAGUAA